AUGGACGACGUGUCCGCCUCGCCGACGUCCGGCAAGGCGAGGUCGUCUCUGUUCAGCAACUCGAUCUUUCCCUCGCCGUCCGGUCGGCGUCUAUCCUCUUCGUCGCAGCAAGCGUCGUCGCCGCCCUCCGAGAUGUCCGCGUCAAGGAGCGCCGGUAAUCUGUUUCAGCAGACCUCCAUGGCGCUUCAAUCGUUUGCGAUCGAGUCGGUCAUCGCUGCUUCGGCAGCCCCGCCCCGGCUGCCCGUCGCCCAGAACAAGGAGCCGCUUUCGCUGCCCACGACAACCAAGAACUUCCGUGGCUUCGUGCAGAAGUCCGGGCCGAUGUUCUGGUUCCAGGACGGUGUCGAGGCGACGCUCAUGUGGCAGGACACCAGCUGGACGCUCAUGUGGAUGGCAAUUUGGGCCGUCAUCUCCAUCUACCCGUGGCUGCUCCUCCUCGCUCCAAGCACCAUCCUCUCGGUCAUCCUCAUUAUGACGCACAGAGCACGGUAUCAGGAUACAAUGACGCCCAACAUCGCGCGCAUGGAGGUGCCGCGCUCGCCAAAGACACGCGCGGCCGACGCCAAGACCCCGCCGGUAGGGUCACCCGCCGAGGUGCUCGCGUACGCCACCACGUUCCCCACCAGCACGGGCGAAGGCGUUGUCCAGCCUCCGCUCGUGCCCAACCCGCCGCACGAAGGUACUGUCAAGUACUACGAGAACCUGAGGGACAUCCAGAACAUGAUGCGAAUGAUCAUCGACGGCUACGACCUGCUGGCGCCCACCGUCCCCUACCUCAACUGGUCGUCCUACUCCCGCAGUCUGCACAUCCUGCAGCUCUCACUGCUCACAACGGUGCUCAUGUUCUUCAUUGCGCCGUAUGUUCCAUAUCGAGCCGUGAUGUUCCUGGCGGGCGAAGGCGCGUUCAUUCUCAACCAUCCCUGGACCAAGCCGGCGUUGGCGGGUCUGUUCACGCGCAUCGACACGUCUAGGGAAGGCCGGAAGAUCAUGAAGAUGGCCAAGGAAGGUGGACACAAGCUGCGCGAGUGGAUCGAGCAGGACCGCUUGGACGACUUUGUGUGGGAGCGCGGAUGGCGCAACGUCGAGGUGUUUGAGAACGAGCGAUUCCUGCCCGACAAGCGCGCAGCCAGCUCGACUGGCGUCGUGGGCGGAUGGAGUGCACACAAUCUGCGCAUGGGCGAGCGCAUGCCCUGGACCAAAGGCCCCGAUGGCUGGACUUCAGACGAAGUCGAGGUCCUUCCCGGUCACAGAAUCGACGUCAGUAGGCAGGUGGCAAUGAAGCUCGAGCCGGGCUGGGAGUGGAUUCCGGGCGACGAAUGGCGCAUCGACUGGGGCGGAAGCUGGUCCGCGGUGGGCGUGGAUGAUCAGGGCUACGUCUACACCGAUUCGAGUUGGCAGAAACCUGCCAGCUACUCGUACGGCCACGGCGGCGGCGUCCCCGACUAUCCGCCCUCCAUCUUUGACGUGGGCCAAGACACCGAGCUGGAUGCCAUCGACGACGAUGCCGAGUCGGACAUCCGAAGCACCCUGCCUCCGCUCAGCGCCGGCGUGGUCGAUCACGACCCCAAGAUGCGUGCGGAAACACGGCGCAGACGAUGGCUCAGACGUGCAGUCCGCACCGCCGCAUAG